AUGCCCAACAAGGAGUGCCUCACGUGUAAGCCGGGCGACGACACGCACCACCAGAGCGCCGUGGAGAGCACGGGCUGCGAGGAGAGCUACCUGCGCGUGGACGCCUGCAUGAAGCUCAACAACGGCCGCGUCUCGGCCUGCACCGAGGAGUGGGAGAAGUUCCGCCAGUGCCACGACCAGGGUAAGCCCGUGUCCAAGCGCGGCGGCGCCAGCCAGUGA